AUGAGCAGCAUCAGCAGAACCACAAUGGAAGAAGGGGAUUCAGUGCCUGUGGUCCUACCUGGGUUUAGAUUCUAUCCCACUGAAGAGGUGCUGGUGGGCUACUACUUGAAGAAGAAGAUAGAGGGCAAGGACUCUAACUUCAGCCACAUCAUCCCUGAAAUCGAUGUCUGCAAGCACGAGCCUUGUGAUGUUCCUGCGUUCUUUGAAGAGCCAGACUUUCCUGAUCAUGAGAUGGAAUGGUUCUUCUUCAGCCAACCUGAUUAUAAGUACACCAAUAGCACUCGCUGUAACAGGGCCACAGAUCAGGGCUUUUAUAAAAUCACAGGCAAGGUUCGUGAGAUCAAGGCUCGACGAUCCAAAGCUGUGAUUGGUAAGAAGAGGACCUUGACUUUCUACGAAGGUCGUGUGCCGAAAGCCAAGAAGACCAACUGGAUCAUGCAUGAGUAUUAUCUCACCAACACUGAACUGGCCCAACUUGGUCCUAAUCCUAAUCAGCAGAAGGACUUUGUUCUCUGCCGCCUGAAGAAUAAGUCAGCUAAUUAUAAGAAGGUGAAGGCUGAUUCUGGUUCUGGUUCUGGUGGCUGCAUUGCCUCUAAUUCUGAAGAGGAUCAAGCUGCCGCAGCCGAUAUGAUUUCAGAGCCAUUAGAACAUCUGGCAUCCCAAGAGGUAGGGGAUAUUCUGAAUGGUAAUGGUGAUCAUGAUGAAUGCACCGAGUCUCCAAAUGGUACUGGUCUGAGAGACAACAAUGAUACUUCAACCUGUGAUGAUGAUGAAAUUGAUACCUGGAUUUUCUAUGAUUUUGAUAAUCAAGCUGCAUGUGAUCUGUUUCAAGAGUAUUGUGCUGAGCCAGGAGAAAAUCUGGAUUCACUCCUUCCUCCACCACAGCCACCUCAGCCACCUCUGCCACAGGAUUACUGCUCCUCCACACAGCAGUCACCAUUAUACACAAAUCAGGGAAAUGUUCCCUAUGUCUAUGAUGGUGACUGCAAUAGGCAGCAAUCUCCGAUUGGGGAUAGGAAUUCUUAUCUUACACAUAAGAAUAAUAUGUCAAUGAAUAAUCAAAUUGAACCAGUGAGCAACAUUACUUAUGGUGUUCAAAAUCGAGCUACAGGUGAAAGUAAUUCAGAGGUUUAUAAUAAUUCAACCAAUGAUUUCAAGGAACCAGUUAGCAACAUCACUUGUAACUUUAAUAAUGGUGCUCCAAAUGAAAGGAUUUCAAAGGCUUGUUCUCAGCCAAAAGAAAAUCUGGGAUCAUGUUUUGAUCCGUUUCAGCUACAGGAUUUCACACUGCUGUCACCAAUGAACUCGGAACUGGGAGAUUUUGAGCAUGACAAUAAACUAUAUUGGCAUGCAAUGAGAAUAUUAUCCUGUGAAGAAACACCAAACACUAUUUUCAGUGACCCUAAUCUACCGGAGUUGUGGGGAAAUAGCACUAGUGAAGUGAACUUGUUGGUCACCGGAAAGUGGCAACUUUUGAAAUGCCAUCUGGAACUCUAUUCUCCUCCGGCGAGUCCAGACAAAAUAAUUUGGAGACCAUGCCACACCAUUCCCCAAUAUCAACCAACAUCUGUUCAUGGGAGGUGCUGUGAGAAGAAUCCGACUGCAAAGCUGUAUCACAAGACAAGCUGCAGAGUAUUGCAUUGCUCUCCAUCUGAAAACCAAGUCCUGAAAGCAUACGGUUUGAAGCAAACAUCAACAGGGUUCUUUCAAGUUUGGAAGCAUCUCCUCGAAACCAUUAAUCAAGUCCCCAGUGGGACAUGGUAUAAUAUCUCGGUACCAAGUUCUAGCUCUAGCCUUAUACUCGGGCUCUCGUUCCGCUUUCUAUUGUUCUGGAAGUGGUAUUAUACAGGAUCUGCUGCUGCAUGGCUGCUGGAAUCUCAAUAUAUGUUACAAUAA